UUUUAUUUGACUUAACUCGAUACGAGUCAAGUCUUUACAGUUAUUUGGCUUGACUUGACUCAUCGAACUCGCUGGGUUAAAUAGCUUAACUUAGUAAACUUGAUGUCAUCUAGCAUCUUCCAUUAGGGUGCAUACUGUACACUACAUACAGCUGUCGCCAUCAGUCGAAGUAACCUACGCGGUGCUAACCUCUAACAAGUAAAAUAGGUACUAAUUAUCCAACCAGACUUGCCAUUGAUUUCAAAGCAUACCUCCUAGAUAAUUGUCUUUGGCUUCCCCGAACCUUCGUUCUACUUGCCAUAACUACCUCCUAUAAUACUGUCCUUGGAACCAAAAUGAGUAGUAACACAAUGAAAGCCGUCGAGGUUAGAGGCGGGAAAGGGCCCGCCACCUCACUAUUCAUAAAUCCCCAGACCCCCAAGCCCGAGCCCAAGGAGGGCGACGCUCUAGUGCGUAUCAAAGCCUUCGGGCUAAACCGUAUGGAUCUUAUCCAGCGCGAGGGACGGUAUCCGCUCCCGCCGCAAGCGCCGUCUACUCUGGGUGUCGAGUUCAGCGGCACGAUCGAGUCGUUCGGGCCCGGCCCGCACGGCGACUUCGAGGUCGGGGACGCCGUCUUCGGCUUAGCGUACGGCGGUGCGUACGCCGAGUACAUCGCCGUAAGCUCCAAGAUGUUGCUGCACAAGCCGGAUAGCUUCUCCUGGGAGACGGCAGCAGCCAUCCCCGAAACAUGGAUUACGGCCACACAGGCGCUGCAUCUAGUAGGCGAAUUCACGGCGGGUAAGACUGUUUUGUGGCACGCAGGUGCCAGCGGUGUUAGCAUCGCAGGGAUCCAGCUCAGUCUUGAUAGCGGCGCGAGUGCCGUCUACGCAACUGCCGGUACAGAUGAGAAAUGCCGGUUCGUCGAGCGCGAGCUCGGUGCUACUAAGGCAUUCAACUAUAAAACACAGGACUGGGCCAAGGAAAUUCUAGAGGCAACGGGUGGCAAGGGUGUUGAUCUUAUCGUAGACUUCAUCGGGGCUAGCUACUUCCAGAAGAACCUCACGGUUGCAGCAAGAGAUGCCCGAUGGGUUCUCCUCGGCUUGCUGGGCGGUACUCGCCUUGACGGAGUAGAUUUUAGUAUGCUACUCUACAAGCGAAUCCGGCUUGAGGGCAGUACAUUACGGAGCCGAGAUCUCGACUACCAAGGUCGGUUGAGGGACAAGCUGGCCGAAUAUAUCCCUCACUUUGAGAGCGGCAAACUGAAGGUCCUGAUCGAUACAGUCCUACCUAUGGACGAGAUCGUUAAAGCGCACCAGCUGCUCGAGGAAAAUAAGACAAGGGGAAAGAUUGUCUGCACAGUUCCAUAGAAAAAGCGUACAAACAAGAUCUCAGGGAUCUAUUUAUGACUGAAAU